AUGGCUGGCCCUGGCGGUGGUCCUCCUCGUCGCAGCCGCAACUGCACCAAACACAAGAUCCGCUGUCCGUACAACGACGUACAGGUGCCCGAUGCAGACCGCUCUACCACCCCCGAUAAGCCUGAUCUCAUGUGGACUCCCCAGGUAGAGGCAGCCAUCGCUGAGUGGCAGGCAACCGGUGUUUUCCCUUUCCCGUCCCUGCAUGUCUACCCGGCGCCCUUGCCGCACCUGUACUCGCUGGAGGAUUUGCGCCUGAUCUACCACGUUGCCAACUUGUACCAUCAGCUCUCUGCCAUUGACGCCAAUAACUUCACUCUCUGGACCCGUCACAUCCCAACUCUCCUGAAAAUUGGUGUCACCACACCGUAUGUGAUGCACGCUCUGCUCGCCUUUUCGGCCAUGCACAUCGCCUUCCUCACCGACUGCCCUCUUGUCGGCAGCAUGGCUUUCGAGCACCGUGGCAUCGCUCUCAGCGGCCUUCACGAGGCUAUUGGCACCUUCUCCCGAGAGACGUCGGAUGCCAUCUUGGCAGCUUCUCUUGUCUUGUCCUGGCAAGCUACGGAUUGGCGCAGUUGGACCCAGCUCAUGCAGGGAACCUCGACGGUGAUUGAUGCGAUGGACGCGUGGAAGCACGAGUCCCAGUUCGGUGACUUCAUUGCUGAAAGCAGCACAUUUCCCACUGCCCCUCCGUCUCCCGGACCCGACCACAGGCCGACGCAGCCCCGGGAUGAGGAUAUCCAAGCCUUCCAGCGCACUCUCGAGCAAGUCCAAAAGGUUGAGUUGCAUCUCAAGCACCACAAGGAAGAGACCACCCAGGUUCAGCAUCUUAUUGGAUUCCUCAAGGGUUCUCGCAAAAUCAGCCCGACGCUCUCCAUUGCCCAGCAGUAUGAGCGCCUGCAACCCCUGAGAACCUGGCUGUUCUGGAUGCCCGUUGGAUACCUUCAGAACUACCAGGGGUCGGCCAACUCGCUCGUCGUCAUUGCGCACCUGUACACCGUUGCACUUCUCAUGGAGCGUCUCUUCCCCGAGAUUGGCGCUGCGUACUUUGGCAGCUUGUGCAUUUCUCCCAUUGAGGAAAUCGCCCGUCGCCUGAUGUCCAUCAGUGUCGCUGGCGGUUCCGAGGGCGGUGCUCAGCGUGAGACUCCUCUCACAUUGAUGGAGUUCCCCAUCAACACUGUUGGUGAAUUCCGCUCCCGCAUGGGCUGGGUUCACCCUGAGAGGACCCCGUCAUUCCCUCAGUUCCACCCUCCCAACUUCCCGGUGCCCGAGGAGUACUCGGUGCCUCCCGGCGCCGCUCCCUCGCCUCACUACAUGUACAGCAAUGUCGCCUUCAGCUAUAGCGCCGAGGAGAUGCCCAUGCUCAAUAGCGCCGCCAUCCCAGGAAACCAGGGUCACUCCGCCAGCCCGCUCGUGCUCUCGUCUCCCUUCUCAAGUCAGCAGUAUCUCAACGUCCCGUCUCCAUCGUACGCCGCCGGAGCGUACAGCCCUGCCUCGUCCACGUUUGAGGGCUCGGCCACUUAUAGUGACACCGAGGAGUAUGGACCCUACGACAUGCGAGGAAGCGCCCCUGCCUAUCUCACUUCUGGUCAGCCGUCCAUGUAUAACGAAGCUCAUAGCAGCUACGGCCUAGGGUUCGUCACUCCCCACCAGCCUGUGUGGAUCUAG